CAGCAGCCGAGGCGACGCAGGAGACAGUGGAGUCCCUGAUGCAGAAGUUCAAGGAGAGUUUCCGUGCUAACACGCCCAUCGACAUCAGUCAGCUGCAGCACGCACCCCGCAGCGGCUCGGCAGGAAAGCGGAAACGCAGGAGCAAGUCUCGAGCAGCAGCCGAGGCGACGCAGGAGACAGUGGAGUCCCUGAUGCAGAAGUUCAAGGAGAGUUUCCGUGCUAACACGCCCAUCGACAUCAGUCAGCUGCAGCACGCACCCCGCAGCGGCUCGGCAGGAAAGCGGAAACGCAGGAGCAAGUCUCGAGGGGGAAUCAGCUUUGCGAGAGUCAAGGGGACGUCGGGCUCAGAGGCAGAUGACGAAACGCAGCUGACCUUCUACACGGAGCAGUACCGCAGCCGUCGCCGCAGCAAAGGUUUGCUGAAAAGCCCGGUGAACAAGACGGCCCUGAUGCUGAUUGCGGUGAGCUCGUGCGUCCUGGCCAUGGUGUGUGGCAGUCAGAUCUCCUGUCCACUGACCGUGAAGGUGACGCUGCACGUGCCGGAGCACUUCAUUGCGGACGGGAGCAGCUUCGUGGUGAGUGAAGGAAGCUACCUGGACAUCUCCGACUGGCUGAACCCAGCCAAGCUGUCACUGUAUUACCAGAUCAAUGCCACCUCCCCAUGGGUGAGGGACCUCUGUGGACAGAGGACGACAGAUGCCUGUGAGCAGCUCUGCGACCCAGAAACCGGAGAGUGCAGCUGUCAUGAAGGCUAUGCCCCUGACCCGGUUCACAGACACCUGUGUGUGCGCAGUGACUGGGGUCAGAGUGAAGGACCUUGGCCUUAUACAACGCUUGAGAGGGGCUAUGAUUUGGUGACAGGGGAGCAAGCCCCUGAAAAGAUUCUCAGGGAAGAAGCGAUGCUGUCCACGUACUUUGAAACUAUCAACGACCUGCUGUCUUCCUUUGGGCCCGUCCGUGACUGCUCUCGGAACAAUGGGGGCUGCACUCGGAACUUCAAGUGCGUGUCCGACCGCCAGGUGGACUCCUCGGGAUGUGUGUGUCCUGAGGAGCUGAGACCCAUGAAGGAUGGCUCCGGAUGCUACGACCACUCCAAGGGCAUCGACUGCUCCGAUGGCUUCAACGGCGGCUGCGAGCAGCUGUGCUUACAGCAGACACUGCCUUUGCCCUACGAUGCCACCUCCAGCACCAUCUUCAUGUUCUGCGGUUGCGUGGAGGAGUACAAGCUGGCUCCUGAUGGGAAAUCCUGCGUAAUGCUCUCAGAUGUCUGCGAGGGCCCCAAGUGCCUCAAACCUGACUCCAAAUUCAACGACACCCUCUUUGGAGAGAUGCUACAUGGUUACAACAACCGGACCCAGCAUGUGAACCAAGGCCAAGUCUUCCAGAUGACCUUUAGGGAGAACAACUUCAUCAAGGACUUUCCUCAGCUGGCCGAUGGGCUGUUGGUGAUCCCGCUGCCUGUGGAGGAGCAAUGCCGGGGGGUCCUGUCCGAGCCCCUCCCGGACCUCCAGCUGCUCACUGGAGACGUCAGAUAUGACGAGGCCAUGGGUUACCCCAUGGCGCAGCAGUGGAGGGUCCGCAGUAACCUCUACCGCGUGAAGCUCAGCACCAUCACACUCUCAGCAGGCUUCACCAACGUCCUCAAGAUCCUGACGAAGGAGAGCAGCCGGGAGGAGCUGCUGACCUUCAUCCAGCACUACGGCUCCCACUAUAUCGCGGAGGCCCUCUACGGCUCCGAGCUCACCUGCAUCAUCCACUUCCCCAGCAAGAAGGUCCAGCAGCAGCUGUGGCUCCAGUACCAGAAAGAGACCACAGAGCUGGGCAGCAAGAAGGAACUCAAGUCCAUGCCCUUCAUCACCUACCUGUCAGGUCUGCUGACGGCCCAGAUGCUCUCGGAUGACCAGCUCAUCUCAGGUGUGGAGAUCCGCUGUGAGGAGAAAGGCCGCUGUCCAUCGACCUGCCACCUUUGCCGCAGACCAGGAAAGGAGCAGCUGAGCCCUACACCGGUGUUGCUGGAAAUCAACCGCGUGGUGCCACUUUAUACCCUCAUUCAAGACAACGGCACCAAGGAGGCCUUCAGGAGUGCGCUGAUGAGCUCCUACUGGUGCUCAGGGAAAGGGGACGUGAUCGAUGACUGGUGCAGGUGUGACCUCAGCGCCUUUGAUGCCAGUGGGCUCCCCAACUGCAGCCCCCUCCCACAGCCGGUGCUACGUCUGUCCCCAACAGUGGAGCCCUCCAGCACUGUCGUCUCCUUGGAGUGGGUGGAUGUUCAGCCAGCUAUUGGGACCAAGGUCUCUGACUAUAUUCUGCAGCACAAGAAAGUGGAUGAAUACACAGAUACGGACCUCUACACAGGAGAAUUCCUGAGUUUUGCCGAUGACUUACUCUCUGGCCUGGGCACAUCUUGUAUAGCAGCUGGUCGAAGCCAUGGAGAGGUCCCCGCAGUCAGUAUCUACUCAGUGAUCUUCAAGUGUCUGGAGCCCGACGGUCUCUACAAGUUCACUCUGUAUGCUGUGGAUACACGAGGGAGGCACUCGGAGGUCAGCACGGUGACCCUGAGAACAGCGUGUCCGCUGGUUGAUGACAAUAAGGCAGAAGAGAUAGCUGACAAGAUCUACAAUCUGUACAAUGGGUACACGAGUGGAAAGGAACAGCAGACCGCCUACAACACGCUGAUGGAGGUCUCAGCCUCGAUGCUGUUUCGUGUUCAGCACCAUUACAACUCUCACUACGAGAAGUUUGGUGACUUUGUCUGGAGGAGUGAAGAUGAACUGGGGCCCAGGAAGGCCCACCUGAUCCUGAGGCGUCUGGAGAGGGUGAGCAGCCACUGCUCCAGCCUCCUGCGCAGCACCUACAUCCAGAGCCGCGUGGACACCAUGCCCUACCUUUUCUGCCGCAGUGAGGAGGUCCGACCUGCGGGUAUGGUGUGGUACAGCAUCCUCAAGGACACCAAAAUCACGUGCGAGGAGAAGAUGGUGUCCAUGGCCCGAAACACGUAUGGCGAGUCCAAGGGCCGGUGAGGGAGGGCACCGCCUUCCAUGAGCACAGAGACUACGUGGGAGGGGGAGCAGCGCUCCUGGAUCCUGGGUCCUGGGGGGGCUGGGGGACAGCUGAGGAUGGGCUUGGCAAAACGAGGCUUGCCAGCAAGGCCAAAGCAAACUCUUUCUCUUGUGGAUAGCCAACAGAGAACUUUGUAACCACUGGAAUUAUCCAUUUUUCUCUGUCUUUUAUUUUUUCUAAGAUAUUAUUUGACUCUAUCAACGUCUCUCCUUUUUAAACGUUUUCUUAUGGAUGGUGGUCAAUUCUAAGGCAGGAACUUUCAGGUGGAGACCAAGCGGCCUUUCCUCUUCUUCCUCCCUGCUGCCACACUCGGCGUCCUUCCUGCCAUGGACCUCUGGAGGAGACCAGUGGAGAGACAAUUGGACCUCUUCAGCAUCAGAAAGGAGGCCCCUAGCAUUGUUGCAGUGAGGAAGCUUGGGUCUUUAGGACUUUUUUUUUCCCAGAUGUUAUUGAGUUUGCAGGACCCCUGCGUCUUCCUGCUGCCUGUGGGUCUGCCCAGAGUCCCUGCAGGACUUUCCAUGCAUUAAAAAUUCCUAUUGUCUCUCUUUC